AGUUCAAAGUAAGCAGAAAGAAGUAGAGGUAAGUGGUUUGUUUCCUAAUCAAGCAUCUAUCAAUUUAUCAAUAAAUAAAAACAACAAACCAAACAAACAUUAAAAUGGCAGAAAAAGCAAGCUCACGUGUUAAAGAAGCAAUUAAUUCAAUGUUAGAAGAAAUUGAUCGAUCAUGUAUGAGAAAAAUGCAAGGAGAUAUGCACAAAUGUGCUGCCAGAUGUUGUGAUGAUCCAUCAACUUCAAUGGAAGAAGUGCAUCGGUGUAUUGAAUCCUGUAGUUCAACCAUCACUGAAUCACAAUCAUUUUUGCAAGAUGAAUUAGCAAAUUUCCAGGAUAGGAUUCAGCGUUGUGUUAUGCAAUGUCAAGAUAACGUAAGGGAUAAAAUUACACCAAGUACUAAAGAAGGAGAAAUUGCUAGUUUUCAAAAAGACUUUGAAUCUUGUGUGGUGAAAUGUGCUGAUACUCAUAUUGAAUUGAUUCCAUCAAUGCUAAAACGCAUUAAGGAAGUUUUGUUAACUAAAUCUCAGAAAGAUCAAAACCGAUACUAACAAACAAAAGUUUAGGAUAUUUAAAUUUAGAAUGUUUUGUAUGGUAUAAUAGUUUAAUAGACAAUGCUUAAUUGUUCCAUUUAUGAGUUGUUGUACUGAACAAAAAAUAAAUAUUUUUAGCAAAAUUA